AUUUUCUUUUGAUAUUUUGGAGCGGGUGCCGAAGCAUUCGUUGCCAGUUGGAGGACGAUCGUUGAGGAAACUCAUUCACGGCAAACUAAAUAUUAAUAAAAUAUUUUCCGAUUUGUAAACAGUGCAUAUAAGUGAAGAUGAGUUCAAUAGACGAAGACCUGACGCCUGAACAAAUCGCUGUUCUCCAGAAAGCUUUUAAUAGCUUCGACCACCAAAAAACUGGCAGCAUACCAACAGAAAUGGUUGCUGAUAUCCUACGAUUGAUGGGUCAACCGUUUGAUAAGAAGAUUUUGGAGGAGCUUAUAGAAGAAGUCGAUGAAGAUAAGUCCGGUCGCCUGGAAUUCGAAGAGUUCGUGCAAUUGGCUGCUAAAUUUAUUGUAGAGGAAGACGCGGAAGCUAUGCAGAAGGAGCUCCGUGAAGCAUUCCGUCUGUAUGAUAAGCAAGGCAACGGCUUCAUUCCUACAACUUGUCUAAAGGAAAUCCUUAAGGAGUUGGAUGAUCAAUUGACUGAAGCUGAACUCGAUAUCAUGAUCGAGGAAAUCGAUUCCGAUGGUUCUGGCACCGUGGACUUUGAUGAGUUCAUGGAAAUGAUGACAGGAGAAUAAUUUUCACAACCAAAAUUAUUUGUUUUAAUUACACUUGUUUGUCUGAGAGAUAGAGUAUCAGCUGUUAAAUAAAGACCAGCUCGACAGAUUUAUCCAUACAUACAUGUGAAGUGCAUGUCUCUUCAAUUUAACGUUUUUUAUACAUUUUAUGUUCAGGAUGUCCGUAAUGUUUGUUAAUAAUAAAUCAAAGAGAUAUAAUAAAAAUUUCGGUUUGCUCUAAUAACUA